AAGAAAAACUGAAGCCUCCUCAUACGAGAUGAUUGAGAGGAAUGGGACUCACUCCCAUCGCUAAAUUAUACGAAGGAGGAGAGGGAAGUAAGAGGAAAUUUGCGAGACCCUGAGAGAACUCGCUGCCGCCCUCGAGUCUACUGAACCUUUACUGGACGAAGGCAAAAUUACAAGAAAGUCUCAGGAAUGACCACGCCAUCAACCGUAUAACAGGGAUAAAGCUAUGGUCUUGUCGUAUUAGCAUUCAGUCUGUUCCAACAGUUCUUACGAUAUGGAACAAUAAGAGAAAAUUCUCUUCCAAGUGGCAUUUAACUCUUCCCAAUAGUGUUCGCUCUUUCAGUGUAAAAUAUUUUAAAAAUUCGGAUCAUUGAAUUUCUCCCUGCCUGGUCUCGCUGAAAAAUUUUUGCGAAUUUUCCAAGACGCUCAAUAUAGUAACUUUUUCGAAAAAUGGCCACAAAAUCGAUACCUGACUGGUUUUCCAAGAAAAAUAUUCUCAUCACAGGAAGUACCGGAUUCAUGGGAAAAGUUUUAAUCUCGAAACUACUACUUAGCUGUCCCGAUAUUGGUGAUAUGUUUUUAUUAAUCAGAAGAAAGAAAGGCAUUGACUCGCAAGCAAGGUUACAUCUCAUAUUACAGCAAGAGCCGUUUAGGAUCCUCAGAGAAAAAUAUCCAGAACGACUAAAGAAAUUGAUACCAAUCAAUGGUGAUAUGAUCGUGGACGGACUCUCUUUAUCCGACACGGACAAGGAACGUCUCACGAGCAAAGUUUCUAUCGUCUUUAACAUGGCUGCUAAUGUCAGGUUCGAUCUAUCGUUGAAAAUUGCAGUCAAGACUAAUACUGUGGGCACUAUAAACAUUGUGGCGUUAGCAAAACAGAUGCCUCUACUCGAAUCAUUCAUUCACGUUUCAACCGCUUUUUCUCAAUGCGGCGAAUUGAUAUUGGAAGAACGCGCUUAUCAAACUAAUGUUUCAGCAGAAGUUGUUAUUAAUAUGGUUAAUACGCUAACAGAUCAAGCAUUAGACGAAAUGAGACCACAACUGUUAGGUGAUCAACCUAACACGUACGCCUAUACCAAGGCACUCGGCGAAGAUUUCUUGUCGAAAUGUGGACUGCCCGUAGGAAUUUUACGUCCGUCGAUAGUGGCAGCGUCUUGGAAGGAACCAGCACCCGGUUGGGUAGACAAUAUGAACGGUCCAACUGGAUUAAUGAUCGGUGCGGGUAAAGGAGUUAUACGAUCCAUGCUUUGCAACGCGAAUUAUUUGAUGAAUGUAAUACCUUGCGAUAUGGCCAUAAAUGCGACAAUCGCUCUGGCUUGGCAAGUCGGAUUGGAAAAGUCUACUAAGCCAAUAUUCCUAAAUGCCACAGCUAACCAGGAAAAUUCAAUUUCUUGGGGCGAUGCUGUAGAAAUAGGAAGAAAACACAUAUACGAAAAUCCGUUCUCGCAACCAUUAUGGUAUCCCGGUGGAAGAGUGACAUCCUCAAAAAUUUUACAUUGGUUUGCCGUUCUAUGGCUGCAUACUAUGCCCGCAUAUCUAUUAGAUACCUUACUUAUUAUUACCGGGAAUAAACCUUUCAUGAUACGAGUACAAAAUAAAGUGAACACUGGAUUGGAACUGCUUCAAUAUUAUACUAUGAAAGAGUGGAAUUUUUGCCACGACAAUUUGCGCGAUUUGCAGCAUCGACUGUGUCCUUCGGACAGAGAAACAUUUUUCAUGGAUACAAAGCUUAUCUCUUGGAACGAAUAUUUGUUGACAUAUAUCUUAGGCAUAAGACAAUAUUUUUUGAAGGACGAUCCUUCGACGUUACCUCGUGCAAGACGGGUCUUUAAGUUUCUUUAUUUUGCCGACUGUUUGCUCAAAAUAGUGCUCGGAGUUUUCGUUGCUUGGAUAAUGUAUACCUGGAUCAUUUCCGCUAAGCCUAUUAUAGCAACGUUAAUCGAGACGAAUGACUGAAUACAUAAAGUAUGAAACUUACUUAUGUCCAAUAGCUAUAUAGUUAUUAUAUAAAUAUACAUGUAUGUGUACUAUAUGAAAAUCAGAAUAAAAUUGUAGAGAUAAAUGUAGAGGUAAACAUUUAUAAAGGUUUCUGAAAUAAACGUUUUAUUUAUAUGCAAAAGGAAAAUUUUAUUGAAUUAAAUCAGUUCUGAUUUUCACACAGUGACGCGAAUAACUUUACCCCAUUUGUAUUUCGGAAACAAAAAUCUGUAUUUAUAUAAAUUAUUUUUUUUAUUUUAGGCCUUAUAUGCAUCUGAGAUUUAA